ACCCCCUCACUUAGUAUUAAUUUGUCGACCACGAACCCAGAAAGAAUCAAAUAUAUGCCUAUAACACUGUUACUACCCUGAAAAAAAAGACACACAAAUAGUUUGAAAAUACUAAACUAUACUUAUGGCGAUUCGAUCUAGGGUUUGAUAUGCUUUGGUUCAGUGCUGUUGAGAGGCGGAAGAUUGGUCUUUCGUGUGCUCUGGUUACGUUUGGAUCUCGGAGAUGGAUCGGAAAUCUGUCUUCGAUUUGGUCUGGGUUCACUCGGGACUUACGGGAUCUCUUUCUCUAUGGUGGGGAUCGAGUUGGAUCGAAUCUUAUCGGGCUGAUUGAGGAUUCGAUACGGUACGGGUGGAUUGAGGAUUUGUAUCGGGUUGGUUUUAUUGAGGUUGAUUCGAUUCGGGUUGAUUGCGAGUGCGAUAGGAUUUGCUUCCGGAUUGCAUGGCGAUUGAUUUUGCUUGUUAUACAUUGUCGAGAUUUUCAUAUCAUGUUGAUUGAGGCUCCACCUGAAUAUACUAUCGGGAGGAUUCAUUGGUAUGUUAAUUAUGGUAUGAGAUCAAUUCUCUUUCCUUGGUUUGUCAGAUGGGUAUCUCGUUACGAUCUUGUAUUGGUGAUUCUGGAAUGUUUUGUGAUGUUCUCUGAGAUAUCAAUUUCGGACAGAUUUUGUCUAUCCCUUGACAAUGGGUGUUUUGUUCAAGUGGUAUUUAUCCGCGAGCUCAGUUUGAUAGGGUGGUUUUAUAACUGCUGGAUCAUUCUUUCUUCAGUGGGCGAUUUGUCUGAUUUUCUGAGAGAAUUGUGUCUUGCGGUGUCGUGUUUUUCAGACCUCAAGGAGUUUUGGUUGUGUCGUUGGUGGUCUAUCAUGUCUCAGUUAGCACUCAACAAAGGCAAAGCUCCGUUGGUCCGUACGGAGACAGUGAGGAUCGCUAAUUCGGUUUUGGCUCAGAGAAUACAACAAUUCUCACUGACUCUUAUUGGGCGUUUGAUGAAUCCAAGUGUUCAGCAAAUGGAGUCUUUGGUGGCUAAUCUACCGAAGAUUUGGAAGCUGGAGGACAAGGUGGUAGGAGCAGACUUGGGUCAGGGCUUAUUUCAGUUUAAUUUUGAGGCUGAAGAGGAACUGCAGGCGGUGCUGAUGAACGGUCCAUACCAUUUUGAUGGGUGGAUGCUCGCGUUGGUGAAAUGGGAGCCUAUCAUAUCAUCUACUUAUCCCUCCGCAAUCAACUUUUGGGUUAAGGUAACGGGUAUUCCCAUGCAUCUUUGGGAAGAAGCGACUUUGAGAGCAAUAGGUAAGAAGGUGGGUAUUCUCAGGGAGAUUGAUGAGGAGACUGGAAGUUUCUGUGUGACUGUUAAUGGCUUUAAUCCUCUCCUUUUCAAGAUGGUUGUUCCCUUUGAGUUUGGAGAUGAGGUUAUUGUCUCCCUUGAGUAUGAGAAGCUGACAGGUUUUUGUGAGCAUUGUUCUCGUCUAACUCAUGAUGUGCGUGAGUGCCCAGAAUUGAAGAAGGGAGCGGGGGAGCAGGUCGCGGAACAGCAAGUGGAUAAACGGUUUGUUCUGAAACAUCAUCUUCAGGGUAAGCAAGGGGGAUUCAAAAGUGAAGGUGGUUGGGAGAAACCAAGGAAGCAUGUUAAGAGGGCUUUGGAUUUCCAGGGUCACGAGGGUAUGCACGGAGAUGGGGGUGCUUAUGGUUCCCGAUAUCAAGAAAGGUUCCAAGGUUCAACGUGGGGACAGAAAAAACAGUUUACAGCUGUGGAGUCUAGUGGCUCUGGUGGACAGAGAGGUUCGCAGAUGCUAAGUGGUGAGUUAGAGGGACAGGUUCCUUCCUUCAAUCUGAAUCGAAAGGGUAUGGGACCUGUGUGGCCAAAACCGUUGUAUAAGGUCAAACAGGGGAGCGCGGUGAAACAGAAUGCUGUUGCAAAGAGAUCCCAAGAGGAAGAGGAUGCGGUUGGGAGAGGUUCCACUUCUCAGGCUGUUACGGUUGCUCCGGAAGAGACUCUCACCGGAUUGGUCAAGGAGGGAGAGGAGACUGGCUUUAUGGAGGAGAAUGAUGACUUGUUGGAGGAGGGAGAAUAUCCCGAAGGUGAUGAUGCGGUUAUACCUGAUACUGAGUUGGGUAAGGAGGACGACACUCUCACCGAGCAGGGUACGGAUUCACAGUCGGAUAUGACUGGUGAUUCACAAGGUGCAGGAAAAAAACAGAAGAGUCAGGGGAGGCAAGAUAUUCCCUUGAGAGGUAAACCAGCGGAUGGUAGUCGUCAAGUCAAGAAAGGGACGGUGGCUCUCCCGAAACCACCGGCGCACACGUGAAGAUCCUGAGUUGGAACUGUCAGGGCAUUGGGGUUGAUCUGACAGAGAAGUAUUUGGGUGAUUUAUGGAAGCAACAUCGACCAGACAUUUUAUUUUUAUCAGAAACUAAGAAAUGUUUUUCUUAUUUGCAAAAGUUUCAGAAUAAGUUUGGUUUUAAUAAUUUGUAUACUGUUGAACCCUGCGGGACAAGUGGUGGUUUAGCAUUAUUUUACAAAGAUGAAAUAAAACUCUCAGUUCUUUAU